CAGGAAACGAACAGGUUGUGUAUCACUUCCGUUUUUAAAGUGAGAAAAGAAAUUAAGAUAAACUUGAACCCUAUUCAGGCCGUAACAGGAAUGUUGUUUGACGAGUCGAGAAGCUCUCGCAUGUUAAACACACAAACAGGAAAACGAUACUGUGGGAAGGAACGGACAAUGACUCUAUCUAAAAUCCAACAAAGAGAUAUUCCAGUACUUCUAAGCUAAUAAGAUUUCGUCAAGUUGCUACCUGAUUGUGUUGCAUAACAAUGUGGAUCUACGUGAUUGACUUCUUAAUCUUCACACUCUAUAUCACUUCUGUUAAUAGUUACCAAUGUGAACUAACGACGAAAAUUUGUGAAACAUCGCUCAAUAUAGAGCAUUAUUUAACGAUGACUCACCCAGUAAACGCAACUGUUUACCCAUACCAGGGCAAGUUGUACGAUUACAGAGUUACUGAUCCAACUAGUGCCACACCACUUCCAGUCGAGGAAGUUAUUUCAGCAGAUGGGUGGGAAACAAAACGACUGGUCGUUGUAGCAAAUCGAACCCUUCCGGGACCCGAUAUCAUCGUUUAUGAGGGCCAGACUGUGGUUAUCCAUGUCAAAAACAGUUUAGCGUCAGACUCUGUUUCCAUUCAUUGGCAUGGGUUGCAUCAGGCGGGUUCUCCAUUUAUGGACGGCGUCCCUUUUAUCUCUCAGUGCCCAAUAGCAGCCGGACAAACGUUUACGUAUAGAUUCACAGCGUACCCACCAGGCACGUUUUGGUAUCACUCUCACGUCGGCUCUCAGCGUGCCAAAGGUCUAUUCGGUGCUUUCAUAAUCCUAAAGAAUGAAUCUACCGCCCUCCCAGAACACAUUUUGCAGAUUCAGGAAUGGAAUCACGACUGGGAUGCGGAUUACGGAUUCGAGAUGAUGGUAUACGGAAUUGUAGAAAACAGAAAGCCAUUCACACCAUCGGAAACCGUAGAUGGUUCUUUUUUCAGUCUUUUGAAGGCACAUUCUGGAUUAUUCAACGGCAGAGGUAGAUAUUACUAUAAUUACGGAAAUGGAACUCAUAACGAGGCUCCAUUAGAGGUAUUCAACGUAAAGAAAGGGUCUUCGUAUAGAUUCCGCGUCAUCGCAGUGGGAGCUCUUUAUCCAUUCCGGAUUUCUGUAGAUGACCACGUUAUUACAGUCAUCGAGUCAGACGGGUACCCAGUGCAACCUGUAACUGUGGAAUCUUUCAUUAUAAGUCCAGGUGAACGGUUUGACUUUACUUUAAUAGCCAAUCAAUCUAUCGGAAAUUAUUGGAUCCGAGGAAGGACUCUGGAAACUAACAGGGUCACCUUAGCCGAAGCAAUACUACGAUACGACGAUGCGCCGGCGAACGAUCCUACAACCAAAAGAAAAGAAUGCAAAGUGGACGACAAGUGCACAGUUUUGAACUGCCCAUUCCAACUGUUCCCAGAAAAAGACAAUACUGACUGCAUUUUAUUUGAUCAGUUAAAGUCAAGAGCAGUAAACGACCCAGCACCUCAAGUUAUCAAUGGAAGAUUUAAAGAAUAUUUCUUGAAUUUUGUUUCUGAGGGAAUGGUGAAUGGUAAGACCUUCAAGUUCCCUUCAGUUGCUGGAAUAGCACAGCCUAAAGAGAUCACAUCACAAUGUGACGAAACCAAAUGCGAAAACAAGAGGAUGUGUAUGUGCACGUAUUCAAUCAAUUUAAACAAAGGCGACACUGUACAAAUAGUUCUCUCUAACGUCGGCGUGGAUGCCGGGAUGUCUCACCCAAUACAUAUGCAUGGACAUUCAUUUUAUGUUUUAAAAACAGGACUCGGGAAGCAUAACGAAACCACUGGACAAUUCCUCUCUCAGAAUGAAGAUAUCGCGUGCAAAGGUAGUUUACCCAGAGAGCAAAACGACUGCAAUGAGGUCCGUUGGACAAAUAACACUUGGUUGAAUGGAAACGUCCCUGGCUUAGAGUUGCAAAAUCCCCCACGAAAGGAUACCAUUAAUAUUCCAAACGGAGGUUAUGUGGUGAUCAGAAUCAAGGCCGAUAAUCCGGGACUCUGGUUUCUACACUGCCAUAUUGAAUUCCACGCUACACAUGGCAUGGGACUCGUGCUGAACGAAUCUUUUCCCAAUGUACCACGAGUUCCCCCCGGAUUCCCAACGUGCAGAGAUUUCAGGCGGGAAUCCUCUGAAGGCUUUGAAGAAGAGUUUGAAAUUUUCACAACUGAGGCAAACAAAGCUACAGGUACUAUUCCACUCUUUGUGUUUUGGAUAGUGGUGGGCGUUUUAAGUGGCAUCAUUAUCAUCCUCCUCCUGGCCGUGUUCUUAGUGAGACGUUCUGUCCGCAAAAAGGGGGAGUUCACAGCCGUGGCGACCAGCUGAUGGGAACGAGGGUCAUACAUGUAGCCGUGGCGACCAGUUGAGGGAGACGGGGAUUUCAAAGCCGUGGCGAUCAGUUGAUGGGGACGGUGGGGGAGGGGGGGGUGUCACAUCCGUGGCGACCAGUUGAUGGGAACGGCGGAUACGAGAAGACUUCAUGAAAUAUUUUAUGUAUUUAUUCUUAUAAUUUGAUGUCACACAAUCUGUACAUACACUGUAACAAUCAGAUAUAUGUAUAUCACUGCAUUUUAUCAUUUA